AAGUUGCAGGUAGAGAAAGAAGACGCUCGGGGAGAAAGAUUAGUCAAGAGACAUUGAGAGGGAGGAGAACGAGCGAGAGAGAGAGGAGAGAGAGAGAGAGACAGAGAGAGACAGAGAGAGAGAGAGACGCGGUCAAAUUGAUCUUGAGCGUUUUUUUCUGUCUACGUGGGUCACUUAAUAAGGCGCACUCGGAGGCAAGGAGAAAUAGGGUGCGAUAGGGGCAGCAAAAAUCAUUUUAGUCACGCGCGCGUGGAAAGAAGGAUACAAAUUUCUCCACACGAGGAGGAAGACACAAGCCGACUAACACACGGAAGGGAAGUUGAAAGACUCGAAGAAACAGCAGCAUAAAAAGUUUGACUGCGCGGGCUUGUUUUUGGUUGAUGGUGAGGGGGGGACAAAGCGGGGAAAAAGUGAGGAAUCCACAGUGGGAAAGAUGCCGCGGGUAGUUCCGGACCAGAGGAGCAAGUUUGAGAAUGAGGAGUUUUUCCGCAAGUUGAGCAGGGAGUGUGAGAUUAAAUACACUGGCUUCAGGGACAGACCCCAUGAGGAGAGACAAGCCCGAUUCCAGAACGCCUGCAGAGAUGGACGGUCAGAAAUAGCCUUUGUAGCAACAGGCACCAACCUCUCCCUCCAGUUCUUUCCAGCUAACCUGCAUGGAGAUCAGAGGCAGGUUCCUACGAGGGAGUAUGUUGACUUUGAGAGAGAGACGGGAAAGGUCCAUUUGAAGGCUCCGAUGAUCUUGAAUGGAGUGUGCGUGAUUUGGAGAGGUUGGAUUGACCUACAAAGACUGGAUGGGAUGGGAUUCCUGGAAUAUGAUGACGAGAGGGCACAGCAUGAGGACGCUUUGGCUCAGGCAGCGUUCGAGGAGGCUCGACGCAGAACCAGAGACUUUGAAGAGCGAGAGCGAUCACACAGAGAGGAUCUAGAGGACCCUGUAGUUUCUAAAAUCUGGGACUGAUGACAGACAGACCGACAAACAGCCAGCAGAAAACAACAGGUACAGACGACAGCAAGACCCCAGCCCUCGCUUAAACAUCGCCAGCGCGGAUACGGAACACAAGAUGUGCCGAGGAAGAUGACAGGUAGCAGAAAAAAGAAGAGGAAACUCAGGCUGGCAUCCGUUCACUUUUAAUACAAUUAGCUAAAAAGAAAUGAAGACUUUUUCUCAUUUUAUUCCAGUAUUUUUUUUUAAAUGAAACAGCUACUUUAAGUAGACAUUCGAAUAUAGGUAAUUAGUUAAACCAUGUAGAGAAAAGAAUAAGAACACCUGUAUUUGAUCACAUUUAAAUGUGACUAAUGUCUGAGUAAAUAAGAGCUGAAGAUCAAGUCAUGCAAAAUCUUGUCUUCGGUUUUAAUAGCUUAUUACACAUACCCAAAAUAUAUUUUUGAUCAAGAAUAAAUGUGGGAGAUGUCAGUGGGUCAUCGCGAUCCCUUAACUUAGAAUGUCAACGUUAAAAACGAAAAAAAAAAAAAAUGGCUGUUUUCUGAGACCGACAAUCACCUUGCUGGGAUGAAAGGGAGGUCGAUGAGAGGGAGAGAGGCCAAAAGAAUUAUUUUUUUCUUUAUGGUAGUUUGAAGUGUUUCUCAAAUGACCACAUUGGUGAGUUAACCAUCCAAAAAUGUACAUUAAGUCAGGGGUAAUGUAGCAACAAACAAUUAUGGAAAAUUAUGUGGGUUUUUUUUGUGUGUGUGUGUGUGUGGGGGGGGGUCCAUAACAUGUCAUCCAGGUUGUGUUUUGCACUAUGUGAUACAAUCAAGUCAAGUUCACAUGGAUUUUGUUUGCAUGAAACUAAACUGAGGGCUACCUAUUUGUGUUGGCUGUUCUAUGGGCUGGUCUAUUUCUCAUCACAGCACUCGCUUUACAAGGUUCAGAUGAGGAAUCAUUGGGUGACUCAAAGUCACAUGACCCGGCUAAUCAACACCAAAAUAAAACAAAUAUUGAUUGAUUGAUCUUUUAUACUUUAAAUAUAUUCAUUGGCCAGUCUCCAAUUUUUCCUCAUUGAGGAUUGUAAACGUGUGAAUGCAGUAAAAGAAAACAAUUUCCUGUUACAGCACGAGCUUCGUGAAAUGUGUUUAAUUAUCCUGUGUGCGUGUGUGUGUGUGUGUGUGUGUGUGUGUGUGUGUGUGUGUGUGUGUGCGUCAGUCACAAAGUUUACUUUUUAUAUUCUUGCUCCUAAUCAUAUAUAUCUUUUUUCCCCAUCUUUUAUCUUUGUUAGUGACUAAAACAAAAGUGUUUUGUCUGACAAGUUGGAUUUUGGAAUUUACCAAAUACCAAAAAGUUUUGGUUAGAUUUUCCUCUGCAUUUCUUUGUUUUGUAUGUUUUAUUCUGUGCUUUGAAUGUGGAUCCAAAGUUCUGAUUUUAGGUCACAUAAAUGUUUUUAAAUAGCCAAA